CUGGCUCAACUGAAGGCUGGCGGAUGGGCUGGGGACCUGAAGACAGCGCCACCUUUUGGAACAGUGGAGAAGUGCAUCACAGAGCCAAGAGGGCCUCAAAGAGAUCAACAGCCAAUGCUAAUGCUGUCCUGAGCAUAGUGCGCAACAAACUUCAAAGGCUCGGAUGUCUGUCAGGAACUUCCGGAAAUUUCUGCUCCAAACUAAAAGGUCCGGUGGGCCCGCCCGGUCCACAAGGCCCACCUGGUGCCCCCGGUCCACAAGGCCCUUCCGGUCCUGCUGGAAAUGACGGUAACGACGGAACAGACGGACAACAAGGCCCAUCUGGUCCGCAAGGCCCAGUGGGUCCCCCCGGGCGUCCUGGACAGUGUUCCUGUACGGAGUCAACCACGACUGCAGGCCCACAGGUCACACCUGAGGCACCACAGGUCACACCUGCGGUAACCACGGCAGCAGCUCCUCCCACAGUGGUGGACUGUUCUGCACUUUAUGCCUCCGGACAGACGACCAGUGGAGUCUACAGCCUCGGCUCCGGUGUGCAGGCCUACUGUGAUAUGCUAACAGCGACAGGAGGAGGCUGGACUGUGAUCCAACGGCGGCAACAUGGAUCGGUUCCCUUCAACCGGACCUGGGAGGAGUACAAACUGGGCUUUGGGAACACGAGCGGGGAGUACUGGCUGGGGAACGACAACAUCCACCUGCUGACCAGCCAGGAGAACUUCACCCUGCGUGUUGAUUUGGUUGACUGGGGUGAUCAGAUGGCUUACGCGGAAUACAGCUUCUUCAGGGUGUCCGGUGAGUCUGACCAGUACCGGCUGCACAUCUCCGGGUAUUCAGGCACCGCGGGAGACUCCAUGGGUUACAACAACAGGCAGAGGUUCUCCACUGUGGACAGGGACAAUGAUGCCUACAGCAGCCGCGAUUGUUCUCAGCGGUUCGGACAGGGCGGCUGGUGGUUUAACAGUUGCGGCAGCUCCAACCUCAAUGGCCAAAACUGUAGGCCCUGGUACUCCUGUCCAUUCCUGCAAGGUGUGGUGUGGGACGACUGGAGAGGCGUGGGCUACCCCCUGAAGUCUGUGUCUAUGAAGAUCAGGCCAACUGCAUUCACACCUGAGGUAACCAUAACUACAGACUGUUCUGCAAUAUAUGCCUCCGGAAACACGACCAGUGGAGUCUACACACUCACCUCCGGUGUACAGGUCUACUGUGAUAUGGAUACAGUUGAAGGAGGUGGGUGGACUGUGAUCCAGCGGCGGCAGGACGGGUCGGUCCCCUUCAACCGGACCUGGGAGGAGUACAAACGGGGCUUUGGGAACCUGAGCGGGGAGUACUGGCUGGGGAACGACAACAUCCACCUGCUGACCAGUCAGACCGAUUAUACCCUGCGUGUUGAUUUGAUGGACUGGGAAGGAAAUUCUUCUUAUGCAGUAUACAGCUUUUUCAGUGUGUCCGGUGAGUCAGACCAGUACCGGCUGCACAUUUCUGGGUAUUCAGGCACCGCGGGAGACUCCCUGAGCAACAACGGGCAGAGGUUCUCCACUGUGGACAGGGACAAUGAUGCCUGGAGUGGCUACCAUUGUUCUCAGCAGCUUGGACAGGGCGGCUGGUGGCAUAGUGCCUGCAGCUUCUCCUACCUCAACGGCCGUUACCUGGGCAACUGUGGGGACUCCUGUUCGUACCUACAAGGUGUGGUGUGGGUCGAGUGGACAGGCCGUUAUUACUCCCUGAAGUCUGUGUCUAUGAAAAUCAGGCCAAAUUGAUUACUGCAUUUGCUCUAAUGUUCACACCCA